AUGGAAGUGUAUGUUGACGAUAUGCUGGUCAAAAGCAUCAAGGCCAAGGACCACUGUCAACACCUAACCGAAAUGUUUGAUAUACUGAGGAAGUAUGAAAUGAAGUUGAACAUGAGGAAAUGUGCUUUCAGGGUCAGUUCUGGAAUAUUCCUAGGUUACAUUGUAAACAACCGAGAAAUCGAGGCAAACCCUAAUAAAAUACAAGCUAUCAUCCAAAUGAAGCCUCCAACCAAACCCAGAGAAGUACAAAGUUUAAUCGGAGGGGUUGCCGCCCUCAGUCAGUUCGUCUCCAAAUUUACGGACCACUGCAAACCCGUCUUUGACACGUUACGAGGAGGAAAGAAGUUCAAAUGGACAAAAGAAUGCCAGGACGCCUUUAACGAGCUAAAGAGACAACUAUUCCGACCUCCGGUGCUUUCAAAACCUAAGGUAGGCGAGGCCUUGAAGAUAUAUUUAUCUGUUUCAGAGCAUGCCAUUAGUGUCGUUCUAACCCGAGAAGAAAAUGGCGUUCAACAUCCAGUUUAUUAUGUAAGCAAAGCGCUUCACGAAGUCGAUCUCAGAUAUUUGGCUGUAGAAAAACUGGCACUCACCCUACUGAUGGAAGCGCGAAAACUGAGGCCAUAUUUCUUGAAACACCCCAUUGAGGUCCUUACCAACUCUCCAUUGAGGCAAACGCUACAAAGGCCCGACACCUCUGGAUGGAUGGGCCAGGCACUCACCGACUUUGCCUCUGAGUUCUGCAACGUCCCAAUUGAAGAAUGGCAGAAAGAAACCCCUCGGAAACUUUAUGUCGACAGUUCAUCCACCGGAGAACGAUCUGGAGCCGGCGUCGUAUUAAUCAGCCCUGAUCACCGCAUGUUCUGCGAAGCCUUUCCAUUUGACUUCAAAGCCUUAAAUAAUGAGGCUGAGUACGAAGCUCUUAUUGCUGGAUCAAGGAUGGCCUCAGGACUAGGGAUCUCCGACCUAAUCCUACACAACGACUCCCAACUAGUCAUAAAUCAGGUCAACGGUGUAUAUAUGGCGAAAGAAGAUAAGUUGGACAACUACCUACGAGUUGUGAAAAAAGAACUUGAAAGGUUCAAUACCACCCAAGUCAAACAAAUUCCUCGAUCUCAGAACAAUCACGCCGAUAGACUGGCCUGCCUAGCCACUAGUGAGGGAAUCAAGGAGUUCGAUAGCAUCCCCGUUGGAAGAAUAUCCCUACUGUCCACCGAGCUGGAUAAAGUGGUCCUUAUGAUGAUAGAUCCCAAGCCAACUUGGCAGGACAAGAUCAUCGCUUACCUGAAAAUCGAAAAAUACCCCGAAAACUCUGUAGAGGCUAGAAAGCUCUGA